GCGUUUCGAGAGGCGGCCCAGCCUCGCUCCGUACUUCUCCGCCGCAGGGGCCACGCAUGCUCUUUAGCGGCCCUGCCGAACAUGGCCUUGUGCUGGACUUUUGCGCUAAGGCGCAAAGAGGGAGCCAAGUUGCUGCUCCUCUUGCGCGGGGCGCAAGGAAGCUCUCCUCGCAGUCGGAGCAGCAGCGCUGCCGCCGUAGCCGGGUCCCCCCCCGGAGACCACCUAAUAUACACGCAGGAGCAUUUCGCCUUGAGGGCGUCUCUGAGAAAGAUUAUUGACAAAGAAAUCAACCCAUUUGUGGACAAAUGGGAAGAAGAAGGACAGUUUCCAGCACACCAGGUUUUUAAGAUUCUGGGGAAAGCUGGAUUCCUUGGAGUGAAUAAGCCAACUGAAUAUGGUGGCCUCGGCCUGGACUUCUCAUACAGUAUUGCAGUGGCUGAAGAACUGGGAAAUAUUCGCUGUGGAGGGGUUCCCAUGGCGAUUGGAGUACAAGCUGACAUGGCGACACCUGCCCUUGCAAGAUUUGGAUCUGAGGAGCUGAAAAGAGAAUUCCUUGCCCCAAGUAUAGCUGGAGAUGUUGUGGCUUGCUUAGGAGUCAGUGAACCUGGUGCAGGCUCAGAUGUUGCAAGCAUCAAGACAAAGGCUGUAAGAAAAGGAGACGACUAUGUUGUAAAUGGUGGCAAAAUGUGGAUUACAUCUGGAUGUCAGGCAGAUUGGAUGUGCUUGCUGGCCAACACGAGCGACGGACCACCUCACAGAAACAAAUCUCUUCUGUGUCUGCCGAUGAAACUACCUGGUGUUCACAUUGCUAAAAAAAUCGACAAGAUGGGCAUGCGGUCAUCCGACACGGCACAAAUCUUUUUUGAAGAUGUCAGAGUUCCCAGAAAAUACCUCAUUGGGGAGGAAGGAAUGGGCUUUACGUAUCAGAUGUUGCAAUUCCAAGAGGAGCGAAUGUGGGGAGUAGCCAACAUUUUGAUGCCACUGGAAAAUGUGAUACAAGAGACAGUUGAUUAUACUCGCCAGCGUAAGGCAUUCAACCAGCCAAUACUUCAUAACCAAACAGUGCACUUUCGCCUGGCAGAAUUAGCAACGGAGGUGGAACUCCUUCGAUCUUUACUCUAUCGGGCUAUUGCUCUGUAUAUCUGUGGCAAUGAUGUGACCAAAUUUGCAUCCAUGGCUAAAUUAAAGGCAGGGCGUCUAGCUCGGGAAUUAACAGAUAGUUGUCUCCAGUUCUGGGGAGGAAUGGGGUUCACUAAUGAGGUGCUGGUGAGCAGACUCUACAGAGACUCUAGAUUGCUCUCCAUAGGAGCAGGUGCUGAUGAGGUCAUGCUUUCUAUUAUAUGCAAGUACAUGGACAUCUUACCAAAGAAGUAACUCCCAGGACUCCUGCUGAUCUCUGCUUACAUUUCUGUUAGCUGAAUUGGGUAUUCUGUAAGUGAGGAAAAAAUCUAUUCUAAGAGUUACUUACCUUGAAUGAUCUUAACAUUCAUGUUGCUGGGAUUGUGCCUUAUAUGGUGAUACCAUACCUAAUAAUUGCCAGAAACAAACGUGCAACCUUAUUUUACCUCAAAUAUUAUAUGGCAUGACCUAUGCUCACUCUUUCUCUGGUUGGGCAGAGAGAUGGACUACUUCUCUGGUUAUUCUUACAAAGCUAAAACAUUUUAAUUAUGUCACAAAAACCAGAGCUUUGAGCAGUAGCUUCUGGUAAAGAUUGCUUGAGCCACACAGCUUCUGCACACUUGCCAAACAAUGUAAAAUUAUUUACUUUUCCACCAGAAAGUUUUUUCUGGGCCUGCUUUUAAUUGCUGUAGAAGUACAAUUGUUGAUUAUUUGCUUUUAAAUUCCAUAUAAUAGAAGAACCUCAUCAUGUGUCAAGAAGAACUUCAAAUACCAAUAGAGUCUCUUAAAUGCCUGUGUGAAUCCUCUCUGCUCAAAGGAAAGCUUCUGGCAAUUCCUCAAUUGGAAUAGCAAAGUAUUGAUUGCACACCUUUGUGUGUGCACAGCACAUAUCUAGGCUGCUCCAGAGUAAUUGUUUAGGUUUAUUGUUAGUGUAGCCGUUUUCAGCAAGGAGGCAAUUAAAAUGGGUAAUUCACAGAACAUGUUACAAAGCAAACCCCCUAAAAUUCUAUCUGGUUGGCUAAAUUAGUGUAAUUUGUUAACGCAUCUGACAAUCAAGAAGUGGUAAUUGACUUUGCAAUAAGUUGCAAACAGUGGCUCUGUACUAAGCUGAAUAAAAAAUAUUUUUAAAUUUUGAAGAA